AUGCUUGUAGAUCGAUACGCGGGUUUGCGUGCCCUACGGCCAAUAGGGUCCGCGUUGCUCCGGCCUGGGCGCGUGCUCCGGUGUCUCACCUCGGGCAACGGUGGCCGCGCAGCUGGUGAAGCAGGGUCAAAGCCGACCUCGGGGCCGAUCCACCCAGAAGAGGGAGCAGCGGCAGCCUCGGAUGGCGCGGCAGAGUCCAAGCGCCCACAGCACUCGCGAUGGAGAGCUCUCUUUCGACCUGGACGUCUUCUCGGCUUCGUUGCGCUUGGCUCAGCCGCGACAGUGCUGACUUUCUGGGUCGUCGACCCCGAGGGAACGGUAGCACGUCUCGAGCGGCUACGGCACGAAUUGGAGUCGCGCAUCCGCUAUUACGUCGAGCCUAGUCGAGAAAAGCUCCUACCGGACCCAGUUGCUCCGUUUCCCGGCAGUCUGCCGCCACGAACGUUGGUCCUGGAUCUCGACGAGACCCUUGUGCACUCAGACUGGACGCGAUCGACGGGGUGGCGAACCUCAAAAAGGCCGGGCGUAGACGCCUUUCUGGCGUACAUGGCGCAGUUCUACGAGAUAGUGGUCUUCACGAGCGCCCUUCCCGGCUAUGCGGAUCCCAUUCUAGACAGGAUGGAUCCAAACGGGUACAUCACGCACCGCCUGUAUAGGCAUGAAACCAAAUACCGCGACGGCCUGCACAUGAAGGACCUUGCCAAGCUCAACCGCGAUCUACGACGCACCAUCAUCAUCGAUAAUGACCCUCGAGUAUUCGCGCUGCAAUCCGAGAACGGCAUCGAAAUCGCCCCGUGGAACGGCACUGACCCCGACGACAAGGAGUUGCUUCGUCUUACUGCAUUCCUCGAAUGGGUCGUUCGCAACGAUGUCGCUGAUGUACGACCGAUCAUCGCCACCGUUCGGAACUGUGAUCGGACGACAAGCCGCAGCUUUGCCGAGCGGUUUGAGGCCUGUCGCCAGCAGGUCGAGUCCGUCCUUGCGUCACAGAAGCUCGCGGCAGUAGCCGGAGCGGCAACCGCGUCUUCAAGUUCCGCGGACGGUCAUCUAUCGGGCAACGGUGUGCGCGCUCCUGUUCGAGGUCUGGGGAUCUUCGCCAUUCCACGCCGCGAUCCCGCUGAGCAGUCAGCAACUACAACAUCCGAGGCAUCUUCGCCAGCGGCUCCAGCGCAGCCGGUUCCUGAUCAGAGUAUCUGGACUCGUUUGCGACGAUAG